GGAGAUUUUCUGACCUUCUGAGACUUCUUCCAAGUGAGAUCAUGGCGGAGUAUUUGCAGUCGUAUGCAGAGGCUCUGCAGGAACGCUUGGAGCCCUUUCCAGAGGACGAGAUGUGGGACUCAACGGAUCCUGAAAAUGAUGGAGAAGAUUCCAAUUCAGAAGGCUACAGAUCGGAGUCUUCUUUUGAAGAUGACUUCCACUUCCCCAGCUAUGAAUUCCUGGGCUCAGUGCGCUUUCGGAAGGGCUAUUCAAUACCAUCCCUGAACUACUCUCGCAUGAUUGCCCUGAGCUUCAAUUUGCCGCAAGUGGUUGGUCACAGCUUGGUGGGAGAGGAGAUUUUCACGCUAUUUUUGGACCAACCCUGCACAUCUAUCUCAACGGACACUCUGAUCUCUGCCAUCAGUGCGGUACUUGGAGCCGAUCCACUUUCUUUGACGCUUCUGAGCGAAGGUGUCCCACUUGAGCCUGACCAGAUGUUGGGUGAUGCUUUGAACGCCAUAGCGGUCAGGCAGAGACUCGAUACCGGGCCGCCGGUGUUGGUAUGUGAACGGCGGAGCCACAACUCCCCGGAGACUUUGCUGGGGCGCCCCUGCCAUGUGGACGUCAAUCUGAACUACUUUCCUGGACCAGGCAUUGCAACAAUUCAAGCGAUCCCAGAGACAAGAGAAUUUGUGACCAGGGAUCGCUUUGAUAGCUGGAUGAUCUACACAAAGCUGGAGGUACUGCAAUACCAACGACCGAGUGAAAAGCGCUGCCGCCGCGAUCUCUUGAAACCGCGAGGUUUUUUUCCUCGAGCACCUGCCUGGAGUUUGCCUGAUGGGUGUCAACGCUGGGGUCAUGGUGCAGACGUUUGGAGCGCCACGUUUGCCUUGCCAAACAUCAAGAGGCUGAUGGAUGCUCAUGCUGAAUGUACAGCAGACAGGCCGAUCCCUCGCUACCAGAUGAUUAUAGAUCCAAACCAGUUUGUCCGACAUACGGAGGAAGGCCCUGUUUGGGUUCCUUGUGAGUUCGAUGUAGACAGCUGUGGGCGUGCUCAACUGGUUGGUGGGACCCGCAGCCAUCAGCACCCUGAUUUGGCUCGGCAGGUUGCGUUACCCAUCUUGGAGGCGUCCCUUCCUUUGCUCGCCAAGUUGAGACGACCACAGCUCCUGCUGGACCGGCGUAGGCUUCAGGCCGUUUUCAAAGCCCAGAGAAUCAUACUGCCGCCGAAAGUGGGAGAGGACCAUGAAUCAGAAUACAUUGGCAUGUGGCAUGUGGAUGGACAUCGUGAAGAUGUGGUAGCUGUGGCCUUGUACUACUACCAUGUGGACUCUGCAUUGGAGGGAGGUGACAUGGAGUUCUGUGGCCGCGAGCCGUUGGAUGUUUUGGCUAUUGCCGACGCUGGCCACAACGCAAGCUCGUUCGACAAAGCUUCCUUGAAAAAGGCACUUGUUGACAACAAGAUCCGCUGCCGUGUGCCCAUUUGUGAAGGAACGUUGCUGGUGUUCUCCAAUCACCAGUUGGUGCACCGUGUCCUUCGCAUGAUCAACAAGAGCGGCAGUGAGGCUUCGCGAGAUUUUGUGGCCUUGUUCAUCCUGAAUCCAGCCAGCACACCGCUGGUGCCAUCUCGAUGCGCUCUUGCAAAGCAACAGAUGCUCACGCGGACCUUGCGGCCAUCUGGUCUUCCUCCAGAAAACAUCCAGGCAAUCUUGGCUUUGGCUGGCAUUUUGCCCACAGAAGAGUAUGCGAAAGAGCUGCGGAACGUUUUGCUCUCGGAGCAGCUGAAACCUACUGGAGAGUUCGUUGGCAGACAGCAAAAUGUGCAUGCGACUGGAAAUGGCUGCGUGACAAUGGUAGGCUGGCUCCACCACAUGCUCCAGGAAAGUCAGCCUCCAUCGUGGGAUUACCCGCGGGACUUCAGUCCUGGAUGGAAGCACUUCAGAGCUCUCAAUCGCGCGCCUGGAAAGCUGGGUCGUGGCAUCUCGGAGGUCUUCUCCAAGGGCAGCUCAGACCUCUCCUCAAGCGAGGCACCAUCCUUAGCCCAUACGAUUCUUGACUGCAAAGAUUGUGGAUUGUUUUGCACCUUCUUUUCAAAGCAAAGCAAAGGUCGCAACUUCUGUCCAACAAGUCAUGACCCUUUUAGCCUCUUUGUUGUAUCUGAGAGGCUGACCUUGGAGUAAUUACGCCGGACCGGGGCAGUGCAAACAUGGGCCAGGUCGAGCCUCUACGCCCAUCAUGAAUCCACUGGGAAAAGCUUCAUGUCAUGCCACGAUGUAAUUCUUGCAAACCUCGAUUCUCAUCGAUUUGCAAGCUUUUGUUUGGGAUGUGAGGUGAAAGAAAGCUGGGAAUUGUGACCCGUGCGUGCAUCUCAUCACCACCUCUUCGCACUGCAGAGAUCCUGUGGGAGUGUUCUGGGAGAUCGACCUUAGUUUCUGGGUUUGAGUAUUCCAGAUGCUGUAGCUCUUGGCUGCUGCCACCUGAAUCUGGUCGCGCUUCAGCGCUGUUCUGCCAUUAAAGCUGAGCCUUCUGUUUUCGUAGCUUUGUACAGGAGCAGAUGCAUCACAGCACGCUGCAGUGUGGACAGAUGUGCUGCCUUUGCUUAAAGAACUGGCCGCCCGAGCAGAGCAAA